AAUCACUGUUUUCCUUAAACAUUUUACUCUUUUCGUUUGGCAUUGUGAACUACCGUCACUUCUAAGUUAACUGCAAUUAGCACAACGUGACUAUUUUCACGUUACGUUUAAAUGAUAUCGAAACAGUCGUAGGAACUACUUUUACCAGAAUGUAUUACUCCCGAUUUGAUUGGUCAGGUUUGUAAUACGUAUGAUGCUGUCUAUGUCUAAGGAUAUGUCUAAAGGCAUGUCCAGGAUAAGCCCGGUAAAUUUGGCACGUGUAGCUAAAUCAUUUUCAUUGAAAUCAGGCCAGUAGAGCAUCAUGUCUCAGGAACCUGAGCAGGACACCCACUCUCAGACACAGACUCAGUCUCAGCCACAGUCACAGGGUGGCUCCAGCUCCUCGUCUGCUCCAACUUCUGGCAGCCAGUCGUCCUCGGGUUCGGGCACUCUCAGCUCAGUGGACACCAUCCCAGUGCGAGACCUUGCUUCCAUCCCUGAGGAGGAGCCAGGACCAGAGCCAUGGGGUCGGCUGCUGCCCAUGAUGACUGGCGUCAGAGUGCACAAUUGUGUUGAGGACAAUUAUACAUUUGGAAGAGACCGACGUUGCAGUUAUACCUUCAGUGAUCCAGCCAUGAAGGGUCCAUGGAUGAACACUUACAGUAAACGUCAUUUUCGCAUAUUCAGGGAGAACAAUAUUGUAUUCAUUGAAGACACCAGUGCCAAUGGAACAUUCGUUGAUGGUGAUAUAAUUGGCAAUGGGAAAAAAAUUCCAUUGGCCAAUAAUGCAGAGAUAUCGCUUGCUGGGCAAGGCCAUAAGGUCUUUGUCUUCAUCGAUUUAACAGCAGAUGAACAGGAAAACCUUCCAAAAGAAUUUAAAGCAAAAUACCUGAUGUCACGAAAGAUUGGAUUGGGAGUUUGUGGAGAAGUAAAACUGGCUUUUGAGCGGGAUACAUGUAAAAAAGUUGCUGUUAAAACUAUCAAUAAGCUGAAUUUUCCCUCCGUUGGGACAGCGACGCGGAAUGCCGAGCGGGAGAUUGAAAUCUUGAAAAGAAUUGAUUAUCCUUGUCUCAUAAAAACGGAGGCCUUUUUCCAAACAGAAGAAUCAUAUUACAUUGUGUUAGAGCUGAUGGAGGGCGGAGAGCUCCUCGACAGAAUCAAAUCCAAAGGUCAGCUUGAAGAAGACAUUGCCAAGCUGUACUUUUAUCAGAUGUUGAAAGGAGUGAAGUAUCUCCACCAGAAUGACAUCAUACAUCGAGACCUUAAACCAGAGAACAUUCUCCUGGCAUCCAGAGAGGACCAGUGUCUGAUAAAAAUCACAGAUUUCAACCAGUCGAAGAUCCUGGAGGAGUCGUCUCUGAUGAAGACGCUCUGUGGAACACCCCACUACCUGGCCCCCGAGGUCUUCCUGAGCGCCUCCACCGAGGGCUACACGGGUGCUGUGGACUGCUGGAGUCUAGGGGUGCUGUUGUUUGUCUGCUUAGGUGGCUACCAGCCCUUCCAUCCUGACAUCAGCGAUCUUCCUGUGAGGGAGCAGAUCACUCAGGGACAUUACAGGUUCAUCCAGUCCAAGUGGGAAAAAGUCUCCACUUCAGCAAGGAGCCUUGUGAAGAAGCUCCUUGUUGUUGACCCCAAGAAACGGUUGAACCUUGAUCAGGCACUGGAGCAUCCGUGGCUUCAGGAUGAUGCAAUGAAGAGCCUGGCCCAUCAGAUCAUGUACCCUGGAGGUGAAGGUGAUGCUGAGCCCCAGCAGCCCUCGACAAGCAGGAAGCGCAGACAGGAGGAUGCUGAGGAGCAGCCAGCAAAACGACAGAAACCGGAUGCAUGAAAAGGCAAAUGCCAGAUACUGGACUGUGUCUGUCUGUCUCAUGCUGUAUCAAGCCAAUCAUUCCGAUGGUGAUUCAUGUUGAUAUUUGUAUAUAUUUUGCUGUUUCUGAAUGACUUUUAUACUGAAUAGCUUUAUAUGUAGCCUCUUUUUGGUUUAAAUUUUACAAUAAAAUUUCACACUUGAUUUGGUGUGUCAUUACAGCAAUAGUUACAGAAUGAGGGUCAUUGAUUUCAAGCAUAAAUGGAUCAUUGAGAAAAAAUUAAUUGUGCACUGGUGCCACAGAAUAAAAUGUUUUUGAAACAUUUG